AUGAUGAACCACUCAGCUUCCAUCCUGAGAAUGGCCCUGCUGCUGCUGCUGCUGCUGGUUUACCCCACAGAUGCAAAGAUGAACAUUGUCACCACUAGUCAAGAUGUUUUGUUGGGACAGCAGAUCAUAUUGUUGUGUAAAGCUGGGGACGAAGGAGAUAUAACAUGGCUAAAGGAUGGUGAGGAUGUAGAUAGUGACUUAGCGGAAACAGUGGAUGAGACCUCCUCAAAAUUGAACAUUGAGAAGGCUACGAUGAGUGAUGCAGGCAAGUAUACUUGUCACUGUGAAUACAACAGCGGACACAAGGAUGACCAGGACAUACAGCUGUUUAUUUAUGAGGGUCCAUCAUUUGGCAGCACCACCACCUACCAUGAGUUUCUACAGGGCACAGAUGCAGUGGUUCCAUGCCUGGUGUCUGGUCAGCCAGCAGUGACUGUUCUUUGGUUACGAGACGGGGAAGAAAUCUCUUCAAAUGAGGGAAGGCGUGUGCAUCAGAUGCAAGAUAACGCACUUCGUAUUGGAAAAGUUAAGGGAGACGAUGCUGGGACAUAUACAUGUCAGGCCCAGAUCAGAGGACGACCUAUCCGUAAAGACCUCCCCAUCUCUGUUGUCAUCAAUGUUCCUCCCUCUGUGCACAUUAAAGAAGAGGUGAAGACAGUGAUGGCUGGACCAGAAACCAACGUUUCCUUGCUGUGUCUGGUGGAGGGUCACCCAAAACCCAACAUCAACUGGAGCAUGCCGGUGCCUUAUGACCCCUCACAUCAUCAGUUCAACUCUGACCGCAGCGAGUUGACUAUACAGUCUGUUGCCAGGGAAGACUACGGGGAAUACCUCUGCACUGCCAGCAACAAGAUAUCUGACAGCAGCGACAUGAUCAUGCUUCAUGUAUUUGAGGCCCCAGAUGUGGUUAUGUCGGCAGAGCAGCUGCAUGUGUCACCAGGUGACCGUGUAUCUGUGUCCUGUAACGUCUCUGGACAUCCUCAGCCUGAGCUACACUGGCUCAACAAGCAAAAUGGACAAACAGUGGUAAGAGGCUCUACUUCUGGUCGAGUCUAUGUUGAGGAUGGUGUGUUUGUGAUUAAAGAAGUGGUGCCCUCUGAUGGUGGACUGUAUUCCUGCAUGGCUGUUGGCUCAGCUGGAAAUGCCUCAAGAGAUGUUGCAAUACUCACCAAGCCCGGUCCACCUCACUAUCUGUCAGUCUCAUCUGCGGGCACCUCAGUCCUCUUCUCCCUUAAAACCCCACCCGUCAGUGGAGGGACACCAAUCACAGGCUAUGCCCUGCAGUGGCAAUUUGCUGAAGAAAAGUGGGAGGAGGUCAGAGUCUCCUCAGAUGCACUAGUUAUCAGCUCCCUCAAGCCGUACACAUCGUACACGGUGCGCUUGGCCGCCGUGAAUGCAGAGGGAGUGGGAGAGUUCUCAGACACAAAAACUGUCCGCACUGAGGGAAUACGAGGUGAACCAGACAGUCCAGUUUUGAAAGAUGAUGAGAAGAAAAUAGAACCAAGAGCCGCCAUUAUCCCUCUUAAAUGCAAGGAUGAUGUUGGAACGCCUGUGCUGAAGUACAUAGUACGGUACAGACAGGAUAAAGAUGGGGCUGAGUGGAUUGAGGAUGAGCUGCCACCAAAUGCUUGCAAUGUUUCCCUCAAGGCCCUGUCUUUCAGUACUAAAUAUCAACUGGAAGUCACGGCAGUCAAUGCUAAUGGUCCCUCUAUCCCUGCCAAGCUCAACUUCACAACUGCAGCACAAGGUGGCAAAAUGACCAAAGGCACUGUGGUUGGCAUUGUCAUGUUCAUCUUCCUGCUGGUCUUCUUAGUGGUAGACGCCACCUGCUGUUACAGAAACCGUUGCGGUCUGCUCAUGUUCAUUGCUGUAAAACUCUUUGGACAGAAAAUUCCGGGUCUCAAAGGGUUUGAAGGAGGAGACGGGACCACUAACGGAGAAGUAAAGCUGAAGGGACUAUCCACUGGGACGGGCAGCAUGCAACAGACAGGAAUUCAGACACUGGAGGUGGGGCAGCUCAGAGAGGUCACCUGUGACAAAGCCCCUCUUACCAAACACGAGUAA